UCCGAGUUAAAUAUAAUAGCCUUCUCGAUUUUGAAGAAAGAAAUGUUUACAAUAUCAAUGUCACUUGUAAAGAUGCUGCUGGCCUCGAUAUUUCAAAGUCAUUUAAAGUUUUCAUCACUGAUGUUAACGAAGCUCCAACAUCUCUUUACUUAUCAAAUUCAACCAUCCAGGAAAACUCUCCUAACAUGACGUAUGUUGGCACUUUAACCGCUGACGAUCCAGUUGGUUCAAAUCAGUCCUUUGCUUACACUCUUGCUGAUAAUACUGCGUCUUUUGUCAUUGGUGGAACCAAUCAUGAUGAAUUAUUUCACUUUGGAUCAGUUAAUUACGAGCUUACACCAAGUUUAGGGGUACUCAUUAUUGUUAGAGAUGGCGGUGGAUUGCAUUUUGAAAAGAAUUUUACCAAAACUGUUUUAGAUGUAAACGGUGCGCCCACAAACAUUGAAAUAAGUAAAGACUCCUCAUUUAAGGGGAACAGCGUAGAGGAUGUCUUUAUAAGCAAUGUCAUCGUGAUUUACGAAGAUAAAAACACAAAACCAUCAUGUAAACUUCUUGAUUCCAACGAGGAUCGAGUGAAACUAAACACUCUCACUUUGCUUGUUGGAGUUCACUCUACAGAUUACGAAAGUCUGGAUUCUUCAAAAUCUUUGAAGAUUAAUAUCAGCUGUGAAGAUCAAUAUGGAAAGGCUAUCAAUAAAUUGUUGGUUAUCCCAGUCAAAGAUGUGAACGAAGAACCCACGUCAAUAUGUCUCGUAACUCCUCGCUCUGGUCAAAAUUGUUUAGUUGUUGGUGAAAUCUUUAUCAUUGUCGUUAGUUUUGUUGUUUUCAUUUGUAUGAUUUGCUUGAUCUGGAAGUGGAGAAGACAACAGUUACGUCAUGGAGUAAACCCUCCUGAGAGAGUCCCUAUAGAGGUGGACGAUAAAGGCAAUUGGAGACCAAUAAAAGAAGAACAAGGAAGCUUGGAUGAAAAUCAAAUCCGACAUCGGAGAAAAAAACGAGCACGUUAGCAAUUCCUCGUCACAAUUGUAAUUGCAAUUACAAAUCUUUCUCACACAAUUUUUGUAAUCUUGCCUAAGGCACACACACACACAUGUAAGUCAUUAAAUAAAAUAAUAUUUUGUUAGUUCGACUACAA